UAAAAAAGGUUAAAAUUAUUAGUUGAAACACUCUUGAAUUUAAUUUAAUAAAGUGGUUAAACAAUUGGCUUCAUAAUCAGAUAGAAUUCGCCAUGAGGAACUUAUCCGUCCAAAAAUUCGAUAACUGAAUGUCGUUAGUAUCUAUCCCUGCAUUAUAUUGCCAGCUGCUACUGAACGUUCAUUUUAAAUUUGAGAAUAUACAAUUUUCAUGUUUUUAUUCAGAAUUAACUUUUUACCUGCGUGCCGGUUUCUAUACAAUUUUUGAUUGAGUGAAAUUUCAUAAAAUUUAGUAAUAAUUAGUUACGAGUUUAAAAUCAUUAAUUAUUUUUUGUACAAGUAAUUCUUUGUUUGAGUCACUUUUGGAAUUAACUGCAGUUUUUCAUUUGAAUAUGGCGGGUCGUCCAAGGCGUCAAGCUGCCACUAGAACUGCUCAGAUAAUUGAGAUUUCUGACUCUGAAGAUGAUAAUUCCGUUUCUAAAAAUAAGAGAAGACGACGUGAUAGUUCUUUUUCACCACCGCCGACAAAGUCAACACGUAUAGAUUCUGCAGCACGGAAGUUAUCAGAAAGAGCAGCUACCAGUAGCUCCAGUGCAGUUGCUAAAAAACGCUGGCCCACAGAAAAAAGUAACAAAAGUCAGGCCACAGCAGCGCCUGAAAAACGUGCAAAAAAGGAUAGCAAAUCAACUACGAAAUCUAAGAAAAAGCAAGAUAAACCAGUUAAUGUGGAAGUGGUACAGGAAUCGGCCGAAACAAUUGCAGACGAGCAAGUGGAAUUAGUAGCUGAACAACAAACUGACACUCAUGAGACAACAGAUGGUCAAUGCAUUUCCAAUGCAGCUAAGGAUAUUCCACCACGUAGCUCUACUACAUAUACGGGUCGCAGUUCAUUUUGGGCUCGUCGAAAAGUAUGGCGAGUUGAUGAAUUGCUUGCAGAAAAAGAGAAUGUUGAGCCCGGCACUGCCAAGAACAUUGUACAAUUGCUUGAGAAUGAAAAUACUAUACCUUUUAUCUGUCGUUACCGUCGAGAUUUAAUCAAUCACAUAACACCUGAGCGAUUACGUGAUAUAAAGAACUCAUAUACGGAAAUUGUAGAGCUUCGUAAACGUGCCGAGACUAUUGUUACACAAUUGGCGAAAGAACAACAGAUUGACGAAGAAGUUCGUACUGAGAUUUUGUGUGCCAAAAGUAAUGAGGAAUUGGAGUUUUUGUAUGCACCAUAUAAACCAGCUAGUAAAGGGUCAUUGGCGGAACGCGCCAAAGCACUGGGCUUGGGUGAUGCAGCAGAUCGUUUACUCUUUGGUGAAGCACCGGAAGUGCGUUUGGAAUCGCUAGUAGAUCGGAACAAUAUUGAUUUGGAAAAUGUUGAAAAGGUACUGCAGGGAAUUUGCCACAUUAUAUCGCACAAUAUUAGUAAACACACAGGUGUUUUGGAAGAGUUGCGACGGUUGCAAAAAGUUCAUCGCAUUGUGCUCAAGUGCACCAAAUCCAAAACACCAGCCCCAUCAAGUGGGACAAAAGCGUCAAACUCUUUAAAACCUAAAACAAAUAACAAUGAUAAUUCUAUACAUUCGAAAAACAAAACAGAUGCUUCGAAAUAUGAAACCUACUACGACUUCCAGCAGGAUGUACGGUAUUUAAAACCACAUCAAGUGCUUGCUAUUAAUCGGGCUGAAAAACAAAAAUUCCUCUCAGUAAAAAUCAUCACCGCCGAUUACGUAAAGAAUGACAUAAAACGUUUUACACGCGAAUUAUUUAUGAACGAAGGUCUUCGUUAUCCCUUACGAAACCAGGUGUUUGAACAGGCAUUUGAGGAAUGCUAUAGCAAAAAAUUACAACCUUUAUUAUCACGGCAAUUGCGUAGCGAUUUAAAUGAAUCUGCAAAAAAGGCGGCCAUCGAUGUUUUUGCACAAAACUUAAAGCAAUUACUGCUCCAAUCUCCUCUCAAAGGUGAACGUAUACUUGGUAUUGAUCCUGGUUUUACGAAUGGCUGCAAAUUGGCGCUGAUCUCAGAGACGGCAGAUGUUUUAGAAACCGGUGUGAUAUAUCCGCAUGCGCGUAGUAGCAAUGUUGAAGAGGUGGGCGAACAAUUGGCAAAAAUGCUGGUGCGGCACAACUGCAAAAUAAUUGCUUUAGGCAAUGGCACGGCCUGUCGUGAAACCGAAUUUUGGCUGUCGAAUUUAUUCGAUUGGGAUAUUUUAGAUAAAAAUACUAUACGUUAUAGCAUUGUCUCGGAACAGGGUGCCUCAAUAUAUUCAUGUAGUGAGGUGGCGCGUAAGGAGUUUCCCAAUAUGGAUAUGAAUGAGAUAAGUGCUGUUUCUAUUGCGCGCCGUUUAAAUGAUCCGCUAAGUGAAUAUGUGAAAAUCGAACCACGUCAUAUUGGUGUUGGCAUGUACCAACACGAUGUGCCGGAAAAGACUCUAAAUGAAGCGUUGAAUGAAGUGGUUUCUGAAUGUGUGAGUUUUGUCGGCGUGGACAUAAAUACGGCUAGUUUAAGUGUUUUAAAACAUGUAGCUGGUUUGAGCGAGAAGAAAGCACAAAAAAUAAUAGAACAUCGCUUAAGCAGUGGGCCAUUUCAAACGCGCAAAGAUCUACUAAAAGUAAAGUCAAUUGGCGAAAAGACAUUUGUACAAUGUGCAGGCUUUAUACGAAUUGAACCCUUGAGUGUUGGCGGUAAAAUAGAAAAUCUGCUUGAUUGCACUUGGGUGCAUCCGGAGAGUUAUGCAGUAGCUAAAAAAAUCAUAAGCAAAUGCAAAUUGUUGCUUAAAGACAUUGGAAGUAAUGCUUUUAUUGCUAAAGUCAAAGCAUUUUCAUUACAAUGUGAUAUGGAUGAUUUGGCGGAAGAUUUUCAAAUACCCAAAGAGCGUCUUGAUAUUGUGUUGAUGGCUUUACAACGUGAACUCACUCAAGAUUAUCGUGCAGAGUUUGCUAAACGUCCAUUAUUCAAACAGGGAAUAACGCGUCUCACCGAGCUUAAUGAGGGCGACGUUAUGACUGGCGCUGUUACAAACAUAACACAUUUUGGUGCUUUCAUUGAUAUUGGCGUCGAAUGUAACGCUCUUCUUCAUAUAAGUAAAAUGAAGAAUACAGAGCUGAGCGUAGGUGAUCGUGUAACUGUUUCUAUUAUACAAAUUGAUAUACCUCGCAAGCGCAUCGGUGUACGUCUUGAGGAUAUGAUAAAAGAGACUGACACUUCGUUUACCUUGUCGUAAGGGUUUGGUCAAGUUGGUUAUCGUAUGUUUGAGUUAUUAAUGUUAUAU